AGAUUAUCUUUUUAUGAGAGUAGAAUAUUAAUUCAUUACGAUGUCAAUUUGAAUAGUUGAACAUUUUUUAACGGAAUAUUCACAGAACUUACGAUGAAUACACGCCAAAUGCGUGUCACAACUCUUCUUCUUUUCAUUAUUACGACCUUUGGAUUAUGCUCUUUCGGAAACGCAGCAUCGGCGCAUAUACACUCUCAACAUAAUAAAGCUAAUAGCGGUGAGAGAACAAAGGAUGGUCCGUUUAGUCCACGAGGAAAGGACCAUUAUACGAGAGAAAAUCAUCAGGAUUUCGAUCAUGAGGCUAUUCUUGGAAGUGUAAAGGAAACAGAAAAAUUUGAUAAACUUCCAACAGAAGAGUCCAAGAGAAGAUUGGGAAUUUUAUUGACAAAAAUGGAUCUGAAUAAUGACAAGUACAUUGAGAGAAAUGAGCUAAAAGCUUGGAUUUUGCGUUCCUUUAGCAUGCUUUCUGCUGAAGAAUCUCAAGACAGGCUAGAGGAUGCUGAUACAGAUGAAGAUGGUAAAGUCAGUUGGAGUGAAAUUUUACAAGAUACAUAUGGCACGGAUCCAGAGGAUUUAGCAGUGGAUGACAAACUCAUCACUGAUGACAAGCAGACAUUUGAGGCAGCUGAUAUAGAUAAGGAUGGUUAUUUGGAUACAGAGGAAUUUAAAGCUUACACUCAUCCUGAAGAAACACCAAGAAUGUUCCCACUUUUAUUGAGGCAAGCCUUAGAUGACAAAGAUACAGAUAAAGAUGGGUUUAUUAGCUUUCAAGAAUUUAUUGGAAACAAAGCAAAGGCAGAAGAUAAAGAAUGGUUAUUAAUGGAAAAAAGCAAGUUUGAUUAUGAGCAUGACAAAAAUGGAGAUGGGAGACUAGAUUCAGAUGAGGUACUUUCUUGGCUAGUGCCAAGUAAUGAGGAAAUUGCAAGCAACGAAGUAACACAUCUGUUCGCGGCAUCUGACGAUGAUCACGAUAAUAGAUUAUCGUUCGAUGAAAUUUUAGACCAUCAUGAUACUUUUGUAGGUAGUGAAGCUACAGACUAUGGAGACCACUUGCAAGAUAUCGAGCGUUUCACGGACGAACUUUGA